AUCUAUCAUUCCUGACUUAUUUUGUCAAACAAAAAAAAAUUCCAUAUACAUAUUUUCAGUCGUUAAAAGAAUAAAUAGUAAAUAUAUAGUAAUCCAAACAUCUGUAAAGAAAGCACAUAAAAGGAUGCAGUCCGCACGGCGUCCCCUUGUACGUCUUGCGGGUCGAUUUGGUAUACGCUUAACUCAUAGCGAUCAAGUGAUGGAACGUAUUGGGAAGCGUGAAAUUGUCGGCUAUGGCUGGAAUGGCUCGCCUUGCUAUCAUGACCGGUUAGAUUACCCGAUGCCAGCAGUGCGCUUUCGAGAACCUGAUCCUGAGAUAUGUGCGUUGCGUGAGAAAGAAACAGGAGACUGGCGGAAGUUAUCCAUAGACGAAAAGAAGCAGCUUUAUCGUUACAGCUUCCGGAAAACAUUUGCUGAAAUGAAAGCACCUACCUCUGAUUGGAAGUUUUCUCUAGGCGUAGCUUUGAUUGCAGUUUCGAUUGGUAUAUGGCUAUCACAAUCUUAUGCUCAUGGUAUUUAUCCAGAAUAUCCUGAAACUUUCGAAGAAAAACGUCGCAGUGCACAAUUAAAGAGAAUGAUUGCUCUAGAAGUUAAUCCCGUCACUGGAUUAGCUUCCAAAUGGGAUUACGAAAAGGACCGCUGGAAGUAAAUUGUUUUAUUGCUUACCAUGUUAUGGAUCGAUUAGAGCAUGUUUUCACCUACGAAUCUCACAUUAAAAACUUUAUAUCAAAUAAA